AUGGACAGUCAGCAGUGGAUGGCAUGUGCCAUCCUCUCGCUUGUUAUUAUUGGCUGUUUUGGCAAUUCACUUUCACUGCUCUUAUUCAGUCGACCACAUAUGCGGUGCUCUUCAGUGAACGUGCUCCUAUGCGCCUUGUCAUUUAUAGAUCUUUCACUUUUAUUGCUAUCCAUUCCCACAUUUGUUAUAACAAAUUUGGACCUUUGGUCAUCACAACAAUCUGCAGUAACGUAUUUGGCAUACGUCCUAAAAUGGGUAUAUCCAGUAAAUCUGACAAUGCAAACAUGCAGUGUCUACACAAUGGUCAUGAUCACAUUUGAACGAUGGACAGCCGUUUGUCGGCCGCUCCAGGUCCGUGUAUGGUGUACACCGAAGAAGUCACGAUUAGCUGUGUGCUGUAUCUUCAUCUCAGCUGUGCUUUAUAAUUUUGCGAGAUUUUUUGAAUAUCGAUUAAUACAUACUCCCGAUGGUGCAAUCUAUGAACGAUGGCUUCGCGAUACAGCUAAUUAUCGAGGUUACUAUAUCGGCUACUACACGAUACUCUAUGUUGUGACACAUUUUCUUCUUCCAUUCACCAUCAUGGCUGUGUUGAACGGCUCCGUAAUCGUGACGAUGUGGAAAGGUCGUCAAAUGCGGCAAAUGCUAACCAGACAGGCAUGCUUGCCAUCCGACUACUUCAUUCUUAUCUUCUACAUCUCAAACUUUUUUCAGCAGCGAGAACAAUCGACGACCGUAAUGCUUUUGGUGAUCACAAUCUUGUUUGCCGUAUGUAAUACGUUACCGUUUAUACUGAACGUGGUCGAGAGCGUAUUUCCGGAUAUUUUCGUCGAUCCGCGAACCACCCAUAUCGCCUAUACCGUCAACGAUCUGUCAAACUUGUUGGUCGUCUUGAACUCAGCCACAACUUUCCUGGUUUACUUCACGUUCUCUGAGAAAUAUCGGCAAACCUUCAUCUUCAUCAUAAAGAACGGUUGUUGUGCCUCGAUUUCCGACUACAACACAUAUACGGCGAUGUCACGAACUGCUUCUAUGCGUGUAAAUAACAGCACUAGCGAUCUACAAAGAGCGGGCAGCAAAAAGAGCACAAGCAGUCGAAACUCUGAUGUGCUCAUGAAACCAAUCCAUUUACAAAAGCAAAACGAUCGCUUCACAACGGAGUACAAUAGUCGAGCCAGCAAGUUUGGAGACGACUUACGGCUACCUAGGUUACCAACAGAAAAACGAAAGAAGAAGCACAAGUGA